GGCGCGCAGCACGGGGACUUCGGGCACGGCGCCGGCUCACACGGGUUCUCCUCAGCCUCCCCUCCGGAAGUUCCCCCUCAGAAUUGUUGUGUUUUUUUAAGCCCCUCACUUCCGGUUGUUCUCUUGUCCGCUUCCGGGUGACUUCGGCUCGGCUUCCGGUGGCGUUUCCCGGGGGCGGGUUGCGAUGCUGUCAGCGGGGGCGCCCGGGGCUGGCGGCCGGUUCAGCGUGCUGAGCUGGGAGCAGGUGCAGCGGCUGGACCAGAUCCUGGGCGAGGCUGUGCCCAUCCACGGCCGGGGCAACUUCCCCACCCUGUCCGUGCGGCCCCGCAGGAUCGUGCAGGUGGUCCGCAGCCGUCUGGAAAAGAAGGGAAUUGCCGUCCAUAAUGUCAGGUUGAAUGGCUCAGCAGCUAGCCAUGUCCUACAUCAAGAUAGUGGCCUAGGGUACAAAGACUUGGACCUAAUUUUUUGUGUGGAUCUGAAGAGUGAGGAUUCUUUCCAGCUAGUUAAAGAUGUGGUCAUGGACUGUCUCCUGGACUUCCUCCCAGAAGGAGUAAACAAAGACAAGAUCACCCCCAUGACUCUGAAGGAGGCAUAUGUGCAGAAACUAGUGAAAGUGUGUAAUGAAACAGACCGCUGGAGCCUUAUAUCACUGUCUAAUAACAGUGGGAAAAAUGUGGAACUCAAAUUUGUGGACUCUCUCAGACGGCAAUUUGAGUUCAGCGUGGACUCCUUCCAGAUCAUAUUGGAUUCUCUGUUACUAUUCAGAGAGUGUUCAGAGAACCCCAUGUCUGAGAACUUCCACCCCACAGUCACUGGGGAAAGCAUGUAUGGGGACUUUGGGGAAGCAAUGGACCAUCUCAGGAGCCGAAUCAUCGCCACCAGAAACCCAGAAGAAAUCAGAGGUGGUGGGCUUCUCAAGUACUGCAAUCUCCUGGUGAGGGGUUUUAAGCCCAAGUCGGAAGUAGAUAUGAAGGCGCUACAGAGAUACAUGUGCUCCAGGUUUUUCAUAGAUUUUUCUGACAUUGGAGAACAGCAGCGGAAGCUUGAGUGUUACCUUCAGAGUCACUUUGUUGGGAUGGAGAGCAAAAGGUAUGACUGCCUAAUGACCCUGCACCGGGUGGUGAAUGAGAGUACAGUGUGCCUGAUGGGACACGAAAGGAGGCAAACUCUGAACCUCAUUGCUAUGCUGGCUGUGAGGGUGCUGGCUGAGCAGAACAUCAUCCCAACCGUAACCAAUGUGACCUGCUACUAUCAGCCAGCACCGUACGUCAGCGAAAUAAACUUCAACUACUACGUCACCCAUGUACAACCCCUUCGGCCUUGCAGUCACUCCUACCCAACAUGGCUUCCUUGUAACUGAGUAUGGACAACACUCUCCAGGAUCUGUAUUCCAGGGUGCUCCCUGGCCUUGGCAGCCUUCUGGAAGAACUGUGACAAAGGGCAAUAUACUGGACUCUUUCUCAAGAGUUUCUUGUUCCCAAGUUUGUUUGGAACUAGUUGUGUCUGCUGUAUGCUGUGGAGAUUGGAUGUGCAGUGUUAUGGAAACUGUAGAUGAUCAAAGAUGUUUACAGGAAGACUUAUGAAUUAUGUAGGCAAUGGGGGAGUUAGGGGGAUUGUAGGAUUAGAUUAAAGGUAGAGCUGCACUGCCCUGAAAUGCAAAUCAGUCUGAAUUUCCUUUUCGUGCAGGAGGUGUUAAGGGUUGUGCAGACUCGUGGUUUCUGAAGAUAGAAGCCAGAGUGGCUGAUUCCUUUGAAGGACCAAAGAAUCCUGUUAAGUGCCUGUAACAAUAUAAACAUGACUGUACUGUAAAGCUUUAUUUUUUUUUGGUCAGGGGCUAAGGUCCCUAAGUGCUUGUGUGGGGAUGUCUCAAGAUGAAAAUGUGUUUUGUUUUGGAUGAGAGGGGUUCAUUUGAUCAUUUCUAGUAACAUAACAAACAGAUGUUGGAUUGCAGGUUACAUGUUACUAAGGCUUUUGGCAUGGCUUGCUGCUUGUGAAGGUCCAGCUAAUAGUAUCUCAUAAUAGUCAAAGCUGAGUCACACAGAGGUGGGGGUUGGCAUUGAAUGUAUGUGUCUAAAUGUAACAUGGGACGCUGGGGAAGAAUUGCGUUGCAGAGAAUGCUGGGCAGAGCUUUAUGGAAAUGAGAAGCAGAGACCUAUCCAAGUAUUCACUAAAAAGCGCCAAAAUCUGCAGUGCCAAAAUUCUCAGCUAACUUUUGUGUACAUAAACAGCAACGCAAGGGCUGUGUUUGGGAGUCUGCCCUAGGUUAUACUAGUACAAAGCUGUAUUCCUUCUAGGGAAUUUGAAAUGCUGCUACUUUUUGGCAUGCAGUGUGGUUUUAAUGCACAAACAACCAGUGGCCAGCUGGGCUAUCUGGGAAAGACCAGGCUUGUCCUGAAGCACAAACCAACUAUUGGCUAGUCAAACCAUUAACCAUAGCAGUUGAUUUUUAUGUAGGCUGGAGCCAGUUUUAGGUCAAAUGCUUCAAACCCUGUCGCUCCAGUAUUUGAUUCAGUCUUAGAGCUCUAGCAGAUUCUCUUAAUACUAGCCUGCCUUGGCUAGAGAGGAAAUCUGCCUUUCUGUGCCCUUGGUCCUUUUGUCAAAAGCAGCCUGUUUUUCAGCUACACAAUUCCACAUCUGAGCAACAGAUAGUAUUUUACAUUCGUAAUCUCAUUAGAAAUGAAAGAUGACUUCUUUUGUGUAUAAAACCAAAAAAAAAAACCCUUAAGUUUGGCUUUAGGAAAAGGUAUGCCCUUUUUAAAAAAAAAAAAUCAAAACAAACCUUUAUGCCUGAGAGCAUUUUGGUGUGUCUUAUGCAAAUGUUCUGCCUUUGAAGUUGUGGUGUGUCUAGAGUACAAACAGUCCUGCCCUGAGUUGUCUGGAUUGCUUACCCGUUCUUUUGCAACAUCACGUUGAGACUUAACUAUGCAUGGGUUUGUGAAGCUGGUACAACUGAGACAGGCAUCUUCUGCUCAAAAAGAUAAGUGCGCAGCUCUGGGAGUACACAACACUAGUCACUUCAUGGUGCUUCUUCAAAGGCUAAUAUACUUGAGUAUUUUUACUAACUUGUUUUCUGGUUGUUAUAAAACUGUACCACAGCUGGGCAGACUGAACAAUCUAAUAAAGAUUAGAUACUUGGAAUAUGUAUAACCAGAAUUUUACCUUCUUGCGUGGGGGUGUGUGUGCAGGGGAGGGAGCGUUGGAGCUUGUGAAUGCAUUUCUCUGAAUAUACUAACAAGCUUAAACAAAUCUGCUCCAACUUUACUUUCAUCUUUAUCCAGUAAGAACAGAGCCCUGCCACUACCUGUCAUAGUUUGUAGGUAUAACAGUGACCUCAUGCUCUCAGAUCAUACAUGUUUAUUUACAUGAGUAAUCAUGAUACAACUUAUGGGGUUAACUCUGCUACAUAUAACUAACUCCUUGGUGCCCAGAGCCUGCUUCCUGUUGCAAUGCCUGACAUGGAGGGGUUUCAAAUUCUGUUUUGCUGGUGCUGAAAAACUGGUUUAAAGGCUGUUUUUUGAAAACUAACUAGGCUCUCUAGAUAUGCAAUCCUCACUCACUUUAUGGGGAGAUCUGGCUUUGAACUCUUUGUUUAAACUUACUAUUAACACAGUUGAUCCUGUAGCAUGCUGCACUUAUUUUAUUUUGGGCAGGGAGGCUUCGCUUGUACUCUUUACCACAAAGUGUGAAGGUAAAUGAACUAAACUAUGAUCUUUCCAGGGCAGUGACAGACCUCCCUCUUUCUCUAACAGAAUGUAAAGUUUCCCUACAACUGAAGGCUUGAUUGGUGGGGGGGGAAACUUAAACUAAGGUUGCACUUUUGAAUUGUGGCGUGUCUGGGGGUAUGGCACUCUUGUGAAUGGGAGUGGUUGAUUCCUUGCAGUGUGAUAUGCUACCACUUGUAGAAAAUCUGAAGAUUCCUAUAAUCUAGCACUUUUUUAUUUUGUUUCAAAUGUGCAUUUUUUUCCUGCAUCUGUAUCACUUGUCAUGCAAUGGGCUUGACAUAGACUCACUAGAUUCUUUAGAAUCUGUUACAAAUAAAUACAGUGUAUUAAAUUCAA